AAAGACGGCUAUAUAAUGGACUGUAAACAACCCAGUCUUCAUAGUGUCGACAUGUACGCCUUUGUGCCAGUCCUUGCUUUAGUUACUGCGGCCCAAGCCGUUGAAUUCGAAAUCGUCAACAAUGCAGGUGGUCCAGUUUGGUUGGGAGUUCAGGGAAACCCCGGCCAUGAACACCUCAGCAAUGGUGGAGCGAUUUUAAAUCAGGGCCAAAGUAUCACACUGCAAGCUGCGGAAGACUGGGCUGGUCGUUUCUGGCCCAGAACUUGGUGCGACUCAAACACCCAGCAUUGUCAAACUGGAGAUUGUGGAAACAAAGUCGAAUGUGGGGGUGCUGGGGGUGCUCCUCCUGCCUCUUUGGCAGAAAUUACCCUCAAGGGGUACGGAGGGAUCGAUUAUUAUGAUGUUUCUUUGGUCGAUGGCUACAAUCUCCAAAUUGCUAUGGAACCAAUCGGAGGGCAAGGAGAUGGCAGUCAAUACAGUUGCACCAAAUGUGCUUGUGGUGUCAAUCUGCUUGAUAUUUGCCCCCAAGAACUUAAAGUGAUCAAUAGUGAAGGCGCCACUAUUGCUUGCAAUUCAGCUUGUGGUGCUUUCAACACCGAUGAGUACUGCUGUCGUGGGGAACAUUCAACUCCAGAGACUUGCAAAUCGACCGACUGGCCUGUUGAUUAUCCCGCUUUCUUCAAGAGUAAUUGUCCUGAUGCUUACAGCUAUGCUUAUGAUGACCAUAAGAGUACUUUCACUUGCCAGGCCGAAAAGUACCGCGUCACUUUGGGUUAAAAUGUAAAAAUUAUAAAUAAAGAUAUCGUACCAAACAA